AUGGCGUCGCAGCAAAUCUCCGGCAUCACAGCCACUGACGGUGCCAAAGUUUUUGCAGGGACAAACACUAUAAACAAUUUCAAUAUCGGGAAUGCUCAUGAUUUUUUACCCUGUGCCUCACAUGCUACGUUCAACGCAUACAGUCGACAAAACGAUCCUUUAUGUCUUCCAGGUACAAGGAUCGAGGUUCUAGACAGUAUUCGAGAGUGGCUGUAUGGCGAUGACCAGAGGCAUAUAUUUUGGUUAGUAGGUUGGGCUGGGACAGGCAAAUCAACUAUCGCCAGAACCGUUGCUCGAGAGGUAUACAAUGAUCAACAUUGGACGGCCAGCUUUUUCUUCUCCCGAGGUGGCGGAGAUAGAAGCUUCGGCGAGAAAUUUGUUAGUACACUUGCUCAACAGCUGGCCAACAAGAAACCUGCAUUUCGAACUCUUCUUCAAGAAGUUAUUUCAGACGAUAAGGGUAUCGUCCAACGCGCCCUGCCCGACCAAUGGAGAGAACUGAUCGCUGAGCCGAUCUCUCGACUUGACCAUUCGUCUUCACAAUCUCCUCUUAUCAUUAUAGUUGAUGCAUUAGACGAGUGUCAGAGCGACGGUGACAUCUGGCAGAUCUUGCAUUUUCUUGCAGAUCCGAGUGGGUUCGAUCACAUCCGGCUCCGAGUCCUCAUUACGAGCAGACCGGAAUCUCACAUCCGUGAGGGCCUCUAUCAGUUUCUCGAAAAUUCCCGUUAUGAUCUAGUGCUUCACGAUAUGUCCGAGUUCACAGUAGACCGCGACAUCGCAAUUUUUCUCCAACACAGUCUAUCGAAACACAGUAUAGAGGGUCACGUCAUUAAGGAACUUGUCCGAAAAUCUGCUGGCCUCUUUAUUUGGGCAGCGACCGCCUGCCGUUUCAUAAUUGCCGGGAAAAAGUUUGCUGUCAAACGACUAGACACCAUCCUCCAGGAUAGGAAUUUUGACUCUGCUCCAGAAAAACACCUUGACAACAUUUAUCUAACGGUUCUCAAGCAAUCUCUUUCACCCGAAUACACAGAACGCGAAAAAAGGGAAUUAUGUGCUUUGCUAAGAAAUAUCUUAGGGAGUAUUGUGGUUCUUCUGUCCCCUCUCUCGGAAUGUUCUUUAGGUGGCUUGCUUGCUCUCUCAGAAGAUGUAAUUCAUCAAGGGCUCGAGGACUGCCAUUCCAUCUUGGACAUCCCACAUGAUAAGACCCAACUACUCAGAUUGCAUCAUCCCUCAUUUCGCGACUUUCUUCUUGAUAGUAGAAGAUGUCAAGAUCAAAGCUUCUGGGUUGAUGAACAGAAAGCACACUCGGUAUUAUUUGAACGUUGCGUGGAUGUGAUCUGCAGCAAUCUCAACCAAGAUAUUUGCGAUGUACGAGCACCUGGAACCACUGUGGCCGAAAUGCCGACAACCAUAGUGAAUAAAGUUCUUCUGCCGGAGGUCCAAUAUGCUUGCCUCUAUUGGGUUCAGCAUCUAUUGAGAGCAAAAUUUGAAGCUGGGGCUCAAACCCUUAUCCAGAAAGUCCUCCAGAUGCAUUUUCUCCACUGGAUCGAGGCACUUGCCUGGAUGCAGAAGAUCUCAGAAGCAAUCUCAUCUAUUACUGCUUUGGAAGCGAUUAUUCAGGGUCAUAGCUACUUUCAGAAAAUAGGCGACUCACAGGAACUUCUAAAGCAAGUCCAAGAUGCCUCUCGAUUUAUCCGAUACCACAGGGUAGCAAUCGAAAGCGGGCCCCUUCAAGUAUACAGUUCAUCGCUUAUCUUCAGCCCAAUCGAAAGUCUAACUAGACAUUUUUAUGAAAAGGAACGGCCAAAGUGGGUUCUGAACGAUGGUGCGAUCGAAAGUCAUUGGAGUCCAUGCCUUUACGCACUCGAGGGACAUAGUAAUCCGCUUAGCUCAAUCUCCUGGUCCCAGAAUGGAAGCAGACUCGCAUCAGCAUCAGGUUAUGGUACAAUCAAGAUCUGGGACCCGGCCACUGGACAGUGUACAUCAACCCUAGGACAUGGAGGUCGGGUUACAUCAAUUGCCUGGUCGCAGGAUGGAAGCCAACUCGCAUCAGCAUCAGAUGAUGGUAUAGUCAGGAUCUGGGACCUAGCCACUGGACAGUGUACAUCAACCCUAGGACAUGGAGGUCGGGUUACAUCAAUUGCCUGGUCGCAGGAUGGAAGCCGACUCGCAUCAGCAUCAGAUUCUGGUACAGGUUAUGGUACAAUCAAGGUCUGGGACCCGGUCACCGGACAGUGCACAUCAACGCAUGAAGAACAUAGUGAUAUACUUAGGUCAAUUACCUGGUUACAGGACGGAAGCCGACUCGCAACAACAUCAGAUGACAAGACUGUCAGAAUUUGGGACCCAGCCACUGGGCAGUACACCUUAAUGCUCGAGGGACAUAGAGGUUGGAUUAGCUCAAUUUCUCUGUCGCCGGAUGGAAGUCGACUAGCAUUAGCGUCACGUGCUACACUUAGGAUCUGGGAGACAUCCACCGGGCAAUAUAGCUCAACGCUUGAGGGACAUAGUACUUGGAUUAGCACGAUUGCCUGGUCACAGGAUGGAAGCCAACUCGCAUUAGCAUCAGAUGAUGGUACAGCUAGAAUCUGGGACCUGGCCACCAGACAAUACACAUCAACGCUCCAGGGACAUAGAGGCCGAGUUACGUCGAUUUCCUGGUUGCAGGAUGGGAGCCGUCUAGCAUCAGCGUCAACAGAUGGUACAGUCAGGAUCUGGGACCCAUCCACCGAGCAGUGCAUCUCAAUGCUUCAGGGACAUGGUUGUUCGAUUAGCUCGAUUUCUUUGUCGCAGGAUGGGACCCGACUCGUUUCAACAUCAGAUGGUGUAGUUACAAUCGAAGACCCAUCCACCGGAAAGUGCACAUCAAUCCUAGGAUAUGGACAUCGAGUUAAAUCAAUUGCCUGGUCGCAAGAUAGAAGCCGAUUCGCGUUAGCAUCAGAUGAUGGUACAGUUAGGAUCUGGGACCCAGCCACUAGUCAAAGCAGCUUAGUGAUCAAGCGGCAUAGUAGUGGCUGGGCUAGCUCAAUUGCCUGGUCGCAGGAUGGAAGCCAACUCGCAUCAGCAUCAGAUGAUGGUAUAGUCAGGAUCUGGGACCUAGCCACUAGUCAGUGCACAUCAGCCCUAGGACACGAAGAACGGGUUAUGUCGAUUGCCUGGUCGCAGGAUGGAAGCCGACUCACAUCAGUAUCAGAUUAUGGUACAAUCAAGAUCUGGGACCUGGCCACCGGACAGUGCACAUCGGACCUAGGACAUAGAAAGGUUAUGUCAAUUUCCUGGUCGCAGGAUGGAAGCCGAUUCGCGUUAGCAUCAGAUGAUGGUACAGUUAGGAUCUGGGACCUAGCCACUAGUCAGUGCAUCUCAGCGAUUGAGGGAUAUAGUCGUCAAACAAGAUCAAUUGCCUGGUUGCAGGACGGAAGCCGAUUCGCAUCAGCAUCAGAUGAUGGCAUAGUCAGGAUCUGGGACCCAUCCAUAGGCCAGUGCACCUCAACAAUCCAGGGGCAUAGUGGUCGCUCGAUUUCCUGGUCGCAAGAUGGAACCAAACUCGCAUUACUUUCAGAUGAGAAGACAAUCAAGAUCUUUGAUUUGGCCACUAGGCAAAGCACCUCAACGCUUGAGGGGCAUAGUGGUUCGAUUAGGUCAAUUUCUCUAUCGCCGGACGGAAGCCGACUAGCAUUCACGUUAAAAGAUGAUACAGUCAAGAUCUGGGACCCAUCCACCACACAUUGCACCCUAGCACUCCAGGGGCAUAGUGGUCGCUCGAUUUCCUGGUCGCAGGAUGGAAGCCGACUAGCAUCAGCAUCAGAUGAUGGUAUAGUCAGGAUCUGGGACCCAUCCGCCGGACUAUGCACCUCAACAUUCCAGGGACAUAGUUGUCGCUCGAUUUUCUGGUCCCCGGAUGGAAGCCGACUCGCAUCAGCAUCAGAUGAUAGUGUAGUCAGGAUCUGGGACCCAACCAUUGGUCAGUACACCUCAGCAGCGAUUGAGGGACAUAGUCGUCGGGUUAGCUCGAUUUCCUGGUCGCAAGAUGGAAGCCGCCUCGCAUCCGCCUCAGAUGAUAAGACAGUUAGGAUUUGGAACCCGGCCACUGGACAGUGUAUAUCAACGCUUAAGGAACAUAGUGAUUUGGUUAAGUCUGUUGUCUGGUCGCAGGACGGAAGUCGCCUUGCAUCCGCGUCAGAUGAUAAGACAGUUAGGAUCUGGGACCCGGCCACCGGGCAGUGCAGAUCAACCCUAGGACAUGGACGUCGAAUUACUUCGAUUGCCUGGUCGCAGGAUGGCCGACUCGCAUCUACGACAGAUGAUGCUACAGUUAGGAUUUGGGACCCAGCCCCCGGACAGUGCAUCCUAGCGCUCAAGGCACCUAGUGGUUGGGCUGGCCUAAUUACAUGGUCGCAGGACGGUAGCCGACUCGCAUUUGCGUCAUAUGAUAGGGCAGUCAGAAUAUGGGAUCUGGCCACCCGACAGUGUACCUUAACACUUAGGGAACAUAGUCGACCGGUUAGUUCGAUUGCCUGGUCUCAUGAUGGAAGCCGACUCGCAUCAGCAUCGGAUGAUGGUUUAGUCAGGAUCUGGGACUCAGCAAUCGGAAAGUGCACCUUAGCGAUCGAGGGACACAGUCGUCGGGUUACCUCGAUAUCCUGGUCGCAAGAUGGAAGCCGCCUCGCAUCCGCGUCAUAUGAGACAGUUAGAAUUUGGGACCCGGCCACCGGACAGUGCACAUCAACGCUUAGUGUCUCUUCUUCGUGUAGCAUUCGAUUUGAUGAAGACAAUUCGAAUCUGCUGCAUACAGGUGAUGGUGCAUUUAACCUAGAGUCCUCUGUUUCUGUCACGACCUUUCCUGGUAUUUCGCUGCCUUUGCCACAGCAGUUCGGGUAUGGCUUCACGGACGACCGUACAUGGGUAACCUACCAAGGGAAAAAUCUUCUAUGGCUUCCCCCCGACUAUCGGCCAUCUUCAGGUGACGCGUUUGCAGCAAGGCCAUUUUCAUGGCCUAUGUCUGAAGCAAAUUUGGCAAUCGGUUGUUCCAGCGGUCGUGUAUUAAUUUUGAGGCUUCCAGAAGACAAAACGGUUUCGUAG